UGUCGCCUUUUGUCGUGUGCGUAAAAGGACCUUCAACAUGUUGCUCCCGGCUCCCCUGUCGCGAUAUGUCGGGUCGUUUCGCUCCCUAGGACAAAAGUGGCGCAGCCACACCGAAUCUCGACAAUCAGAUGGAGAUGACGAUUCCCUCGCGCAUCGCCUAUCCGACGUCUUUCUUCGUACCUGGGACUUGGGCUUCAUUGCGUUCGGUGGCCCGCCUGUGCAUUUCCAGAUCUUGCAUCGAAGGUUUGUGGAAGGAAAGGGCGGCAAAGAGAAAUGGGUGGACGAACAGACUUAUCAAGAGCUCUUCGCUAUCUGCCAAGGUCUUCCUGGUCCAGGUAGUACGAAGAUGCUGUUUUGUCUGGUCUUGCUGCACGCCGGCUUCAUUCCGGCUAUUAUGGCAUUUCUGAUCUGGAGUAUUCCUGGAGCAGCCGGCAUGUAUGCUCUCUCAGUUGGUAUUCAGAAUCUGAGCACAACUCUCCCUGGCCCAGUCUACGGUCUUUUGUCCGGACUCAAUGCGGCGACCGUCGGUAUUGUCGCAGUUUCCGCGGUACAGCUUGCAGAAAAGGCCAUUCAGGACAAGAUUUCACGCAUACUCAUCAUUUUUGGAGCAUGCGCGGGCCUCUGCUAUAACGCUCUGUGGUACUUCCCUGUUUUAAUGGUGAUUGGUGGUGUCGCCAUCGCUACUUGGGAUGGAUGGCUAUAUUCACAGGUGCAGAGAGCGAAGAGGGUCUGGAAGAAUAGGCAUCAACGCUCAGCAGACUCAGAGCAGGCAAAUACAGCCAACUUGGAAAUGGCGCCUACAACAAGACCAGCAGCGACCGAGCAAAACGAAGCCGUGCGAUCAAGAAAAUCAAACCAGAGUGGAGACUUACCACAGGCCUCUGGAGCCAUUGCCGAAUCAACACGGUCAACCGAGACUGAAACCAGCCAAUCGCAGAAAUAUCGCGUUCGUGUCCGCACUGGACUUAUCAUCUUCGUUGCCUUCUUUGCCUCUUUCAUUGCCAUCCUUGUUGCAAGAGGCAAUUUGACGCCCCCUCCACUUCCACUAGACUUGUUCGCGAGCAUGUAUCUCGCCGGAACUGUGAUCUUCGGUGGAGGCCCAGUUGUCAUUCCUCUCCUUCGCUCUUACGUCGUUAGUCCGGGUUGGGUCUCUAGUCGUGACUUCCUGAUAGGCUUGGCCAUCAUCCAGGCGUUCCCGGGACCUAACUUCAACUUCGCAGUCUUCCUGGGAGCGCUAGCGCUGCAACAUUCUCAGUAUCCCACUGUGUUUGGCGCAUUCCUUGGCUGGCUGGGCAUCUUCGUCCCGGGAAUCGCUCUUGCCGUCGCAUUUCAGAGCUUCUGGAGUGUGUUGCGAACCAGAAGAUCUGUCAUUCGCUUCCUGCGUGGCGUGAAUGCCACUGCGAUUGGUCUCGUCUUCACUGCCGUGUACCGACUAUGGGAGAUUGGUUACUUGACGCCGGUCAAUAGCGCUGGACAAAGUCUGGGGAAUGACCCUUGGUGGUUAGUCGUCACGACUAUCUCGUACGCAGGCAACGCAUGGUUCCGCGUUCCUCCUGCCAUGUCGAUCGUUCUUGGAGCUAUACUCGGGCUGUGCUGGUAUGGAGCCGUUGGGAGGUAGUAUUUGAUUAUCUCCAGCUGAUUUGACCAUUAUC